AUGGGGGAAGAGCUGGAUGAUGAGCGGGAAAUCCUGAAGCAAGUUUUUGGCGAUUCUUCUGAAGAUGAAGACUGUGAAGAUCAAACUGUAAUAGGAGAUUCAGCAUAUGAAGGGGGCCACAUUCGUAGAUGGGAGCAAGCCAAGGAAAUCAGAGGUUUAUGGCUGUGCAGAAGCUUCCUGUCUCCCCAACAAGAAUCAUCGCUACUCGCUGCAAUCCGAAACGGUUCGUUGUCUCGGAAUCUAUCUGCCAUGAGGUUUGGAAACCUUCCAACAUGGGCUGCUGAACUUUCAGAUUCCAUUCAUGAGGCAGUGCUUUCAAGUAACCACAUGACAGAUCCUUUGAUUGUAGACCGCCAUAAUGGAGUUAAGAUUGAUUGUCCUCUUCCUUCAGAUAUUUUGUGGAGAGAACCACUCUUUGAUCAAAUGAUAGCUAACAUGUAUCAACCAGGUGAGGGGAUCUGUGCACAUGUUGACCUCAUGCGCUUUGAAGAUGGAAUUGCCAUUGUCUCACUCGAGUCACCGUGUGUGAUGCAUUUUACUCGAGUUGAUGAAACUUCCUGUGAUCCUACUAGCAAGGGAGAAGUCGAUGUAUCGAUGUCAAAAGUGCCCAUAUACCUAAACCCAGGAUCGGUUGUUUUAUUGUGGGGUGAAGCUCGGUACCUCUGGAAGCAUGAGAUAAAUCGUAAGCCGGGGUUUCAAAUGUGGGAAGGCCAGGAACUCACUCAGGGGAGGCGAACUUCCAUCACACUGAGAAAGCUCUGUCAAGUUGAUUAA